AUGAGGAGACAUCAAGCAAGACCUGACCCUGCUGCCCCAGUUCAGGACAAUUCUAAAGGAUCAUUUUAUCUUCAGAAUGUUCUGCAGGACCAGUUGAGGCACAACACUGAGAACGCCAAGUCCUGCUUCCAGAAACCUAAAAAGCACCCCUCAGAAGCCCCCUAUGGGCUUCCCAGUCCACACGAAGGCCCAGAGGCAGCUGGCCCAGUGGAUCUGAAGCCAAGCUCCCUGGCGAAGCCGGUCGCUUUGGUGAAGCCCUUCGAACUUACACUGCGUGUCCCGGUCCAGCGAGCUCACACUGUGGAGAGGAGCAGGCGUGGGGACAGAGGCCGCCCAGGGAACCGAGGCCGCCGGCGCGCCAGGCCCCGCAUGGAACUGCGCCAGGUCACCGGGCCAGACCUGCGAAUAGAAGGGGGCCGAGAGGCAGCAGGCUCCCGAGGGGAGCCGGAAACCUUGCCAAUGCCGUCAAUCCCUCUGACUGAAGCAGCUACUAUGCCUGGAGGCACUCUGCCCGGCCACGACCCCCGCCCAACGCAGACUUCGCUCAGCUUGUGGAUGCCACCCGAUGCCAUUGAUUAUUGGUCUCUCCUGGGGUCCGCUGCCUUCGCAGUUAACCCUGGCAUAGGACCUAGACCACUGGCUGGCUCUGCUAUGCAGGUUGUGCAGAACCCUUUAGGCACCUACGUGUGUGGUGUUCCAGCUUUCUUGGUCUAUAUGGAACCCUGA